AUGGAUCAAUUCCCAGUGAACCUAUUGACCUCCGAUGAGAAAAGAAAGGUCAUAAAUGAAAUGGAUUUCUUCGCCGACAAAAAAAACGAUGAUGAGUCGAAAAUAGGCACUGGCGAUGAAGACGAUGCCAACGGAAAAGAUAUGAGUGCACCCAUAGAAUUAGAUUCCAAUGUAAAUACUGGUUUGCAUCUUCUUACCGCCAACACUAGUAGUGAUCAGUCCGUAGUAGAUGACGGGAUUUCUCCGAAUUCAGAAGAUAAAAGAUCAAAAACUGAGAUGGUCGUCCUUCGAGCCGAAAUGGAGAGAAUGAACUCGGAAAAUCGUUGUUUAAAGGAUACGUUAAAUCAAGUGAGGAACAACUAUAACACUCUUCAGAUGCAUCUGAUGACACUGAUGCAACAACAAGAAAGAGAUCAUCUGAAAGCUCAUGAUGAUAAUGGUAUAACAGAAGAACAUGGUGGAAAACUACUGGAUGGUAAUAAUAAGCAAAGUCAAAAUGGUAACGGAUUUGUGGUGCCUAGACAAUUUAUGGAUCUUGGACUAGCAGCCGAUAUGGACGAGCCCUCGUUAUCGUCAUCCGAGGGACUGAGCUGCCGGAACCGAUCACGAUCACCUGUUAAUAUUAUCAAUGGUUUAUCAAAAGAAAUUGGGAGGGAGGAGAUUUCUGAUAAGGGGUCUCAAGGUUGGGGUCCUAACAAGGUUCCUAGACUCAACCACUCUUCGAAAAGCGUCGAUGAAGCUGCUGAGGCUACUAUGAGGAAGGCCCGAGUCUCAGUUAGGGCCAGAUCAGAGGCUCCAAUGAUUUCAGAUGGAUGCCAAUGGCGCAAGUACGGGCAGAAAAUGGCGAAGGGAAACCCGUGUCCUCGAGCAUAUUAUCGGUGCACCAUGGCUGCUGGUUGUCCGGUUCGAAAACAAGUACAAAGAUGUGCAGAGGACAGAACCAUCCUAAUAACUACGUACGAAGGAAAUCACAAUCACCCAUUGCCACCAGCAGCCAUGGCAAUGGCAUCAACUACAUCUUCAGCUGCAAGAAUGCUACUCUCGGGUUCAAUGCCAAGUGCCGAUGGUCUAAUCAACUCAAAUUUCCUCGCCCGUACCCUCUUCCCUUGCUCCUCCAGCAUGGCCACCAUAUCUGCCUCCGCGCCUUUUCCUACUGUUACAUUGGAUUUGACUCAAACACCAAAUCCCUUACAAUUCCCAAGAUCUCAAACCCAAUUCCAAAUACCAUUCGCUAAUGCAGGCCACAGUCUUCCAAGCAAUCCAGCCGCACUUCUACCUCAAAUCUUUGGCCAGGCAUUGUACAACCAAUCCAAGUUUUCGGGUCUCCAAACGUCACAAGACAUGGAAGGCGGCUACCAGGCCACGCCAUCUCUCCCGGCCGCGAUGCAACAAGGGCAGCAAAACCAACUUACUGAUACAAUGAAUGCACUUGCAGCAGAUCCAAAUUUCACAGCUGCAUUGACAGCUGCCAUUACAUCUAUUAUCGGGAAUUCACAUCCAAACGCCAAUAAUACUGCCACCAACGUCGUGGCUACCACCACCAGCAACAACGGCGGUAGCGUUACGACUAGCAACAAUAAUAGCAAUGGAAACAAUAAAGUCAGCAGUUCAAGCUUUCCAGUGAAUUGA